AUGGUCGGGUACGCAGGCGGCAACGUCGUCGCCGCAGGUCUACCUCAGACCAGCUUCAGACACAACAUCCGCUCCUUCGUCUUUGCGCUCGCCGUCGCUUUCGGCACCUUCCAGUACAACCUCGAUACGACGAUAGUCAACGGAUUCCAGGCCAUGCAGGGCUUCCUACGCGUCUUCGGUGUGCCCGGCAAGGGCGGCAAAUACGUUAUCGAGACGACUUUCCAGCAGCUCAUCACGUCGCUCCUCCAAGUCGGCCUCAUUGUCGCUUCCCUCCUCAUCGGUCCCUUCUCCCGCUACUUUGGACGCCGCGCCGGCUUCUUCGUCGCAUCGGUCAUCGGCUGCGUCGCCCUACUCAUCCAGACCUUCGUGACUAGCAAGGGGCCCGUCUAUGUCGCCCGUCUUCUCCUCGGUGUCUCAAACGGAGCACUCGUCAAUCUCGUCGUCCUCUGGAUCUCCGAGACCGCGCCAGGCCAUCUUCGCGGCUCCUACGUCUCCUCGUUCCAGAUCUUCCAGGGCCUCGGUGGCAUCACAGGUGCCGGCAUCUCGAAGGCCUUCGCCAAGAACCUCUCGAAGCACUCGUACCAGCUCCAGCUUGUCGUCCUGUUCGCCGUCCCAGUCUGGUUCCUGCUCUACAGCGUCAUUUAUAUGCCGGAGUCGCCGCGCUGGCUCGCAACUCACGACCGACACGAUGAGGCGCUCAAGAGCCUCCGCAAGAUUCGCGGUUCAAAUUUCAGCGAAGCCGAGCUGCAGGCUGAGCUCGACAUCAUCGUCGAAGCAAUCCGAGUUGAGCGCGAGGUGCAAGCCGGUGCGACGUUCCUCGACAUCUUCAGGGGCACCGAUCUUCGACGCACCCUCCUCGCAUGCGGCGCAGCGACAUUGCAUGCAGCUAGCGGUAUCAACUUCCUCGUUGGUUACGGAACCGUCUUCUUCCAGAUCGCCGCACCCGGAUCCGACGCUUUCCGCAAUACCAUCAUCCUCCAAGUCUGCGGCUUCAUCGGCGCCCUCUCCGCCCCCGUCCUCGCACGCUACUUCGGCCGCAAGACAAUCCUCAUCGCCGGCUUUUCGCUCAUGUGCAUGUGCUUUACGAUCGUCGGCGCGACGAACGAGGGCAAGCUCAUCCACAGCCCGAAGGACGCGCCCGCGGGUGCCGCACUCGUGGCUUUCGUCUGCCUCUAUCAGUUUGCAUACAACAUGUCUUGCGGUCCACUCGCCUGGGCUGUCGGCGCCGAGAUCCCCAGUCAGCGAUUGCGCUCCCUCACCUUCGGCUUCGCCAUGGGCGUAGGCUUCGUCUUUGCCUGGCUCACGACCUUCACAACGCCCAAGUACCUCACCGAGCUCGGCGUCCGCGUCGCCUGGAUCUGGAUGCCCAGCUGCUUCAUCACCCUCCUUUGGCUCAUCUUCUUCCUCCCGGAGACGGAAGGUCGCUCGCUCGAAGACCUCGACAUCAUGUUCGCCAAUCGCGUUCCGGCCCUCAAGUUCAAGCACUACGUCAUUGACCACACCAUCGCCGUCGGAGGCGAAAGCGAGAAGGACGCCGACAGCGAGAAGGUCAAGGGGACGGAGAGUCGGGACGAGGUGGCGAUGGUCUGA